AUGUUAAAGAAAAACUACUCAGCCGUGACUGAGUUCAUUCUUUUGGGACUAACAGAUCGUACGGACUUGCAACCUAUUCUUUUUGUGGUCUUCCUCCUCGUCUAUGUCAUCACUGUUGUUGGCAACGUGAGCUUAAUUUUCCUGAUCCAAACUGACUCCAAGUUGCAUACUCCCAUGUACUUCUUCCUCAGUCACCUGUCCUUUGUAGAUCUCUGCUAUACUACCAACGUCACUCCUCAGAUGCUGGUCCAUUUCUUAUCCAAGAGGAAAGCCAUUUCCUUCAUCGGUUGCUUUAUACAGUUCCAUUUUUUCAUUUCCCUAGUGAUCACAGAAUAUUAUAUGCUCACAGUGAUGGCUUAUGACCGCUACGUGGCUAUCUGCAAACCUUUGCUAUACAGUAGCAAAAUGUCCAGAACUGUUUGCCUCUCUCUGGUUGCUGCUCCUUACGUUCAUGGCUUUGUAAAUGGUCUGGCUCAAACCAUUCUCAUGCUUCAUCUGACCUUUUGUGGACCAAAUGAAAUCAACCACUUUUACUGUGCGGAUCCACCUCUCCUGGUCCUUGCCUGCUCAGAUACUCAUGUCAAAGAAAUGGCCAUGUUUGUGGCGGCUGGAUCGAACCUCACCUGCUCUCUCAGCAUCAUCCUCAUCUCUUACGUUUUCAUUUUCUCCGCCAUAUUGCGAAUCCGCUCUGCUGAGGGGAGGCACAAAGCUUUCUCCACGUGUGGCUCCCAUCUGACAGCUGUCACUAUCUUUUAUGUGACACUUUUCUGCAUGUAUCUGAGGCCCCCUUCGGAAGCAUCUGUAGAACAGGGAAAAAUUGUAGCGGUAUUUUAUAUAUUUUUGAGUCCUAUGUUAAAUCCAUUGAUCUAUAGUCUGAGGAACAAAGAUGUUAAAAAUGCAAUCAAAAAGGUAAUACAAAAACAAUUCUCUGCUAAAUAA